AUGGGAUUGGAUGAUGGAUUAGCGCUCGUUUCUUUAAAAGAGCUGCUGUUGGUCACAGGGAUUAUACUUUCGUGUGUGACUCUGAUUCUUUUCAACUUUAUCGAAUCUCGAUCAGAGCAUUUACAGGUGGUUGGUCCCGAAGAACCUCUUGUUGCUGUCACUGGUGAUGAUCUGAUUCUGCCGUGUUUUAUCAAACCCAACACCAGUGCUGUGGACAUGACAGUAGAGUGGUUAAGACUGCAUGUAGAAGACUCAUUAGUGCAUCUCUAUAAGGAUCAUAAAGACAGAAAUGAAGGUCAGGCUCAGUCCUACGGAGGAAGAACAUCACUGUCUAAAGAGGAGCUACAGAAAGGCAACGCUUCACUCAAACUCUCAGCUCUCCGAGUCUCUGAUGAAGGAAAAUAUAAGUGUCUUGUUGAGGACAAAACCUGGUAUGAUGACAUCACUGUGGACGUCAUUGUCGAGGCUCAGGGGAGCCACCCAGUGAUCAGGAUGGAGAGUUAUGAUAACUCAGGAGGGAUUAAUCUAGUGUGUGAGUCCAGAGGCUGGAACCCUGAACCUGAGGUUCUGUGGCUGGACAGAGAAGGAGUCACUCUGCCUGCUGAAGAUACACAGAUACACAGAGACACUGAGGGCUUCAGUGUUAAACGCCGAAUCACUGUUUAUGAUUAUAGCGACUCCAACAGGUUUUACUGCAGACUUCAGCAAAAACAUCACAUGAUGGAGACAGAGGUUAUCAUCAAUAGUAAAGUCUUUGAUGCUUGGAAGUGGAUUGUUGGAAUUUCAGUCUCAGCAUGUCUUAUAGCUGUUGGUUGGAUAGUAACUGCAGUUGUUUGUCACAGGAAAGAGAUGCAGAAGCAGUCCGCAGAGAGACGGAUACAGAUGGUGGAAGUUGGUAAUUACACCUGA